UUAAACAUUCAUUGUGAAGGAGAAUACUAACAACUAUACAUCGAUUUACACCGGCUUGCCUCUUUGCACUGAUGGAGCUCUAUAACUAUUUCUGGCUGAACACUAGUAAUCUUCUGGUCUGAUGGGUCUACUAACCUUGGGCUGAAGUUGGGAUGAGUUUCCUGCGAAAUAGUGAAGAGGCGACCCUGGUGGUAUUUCAGGGGCGUCUUCCGACUGUCCAGUCAGUCAACGAUUUAGGAGGUUCUCUUUACUCUGCCACAUAUAGCUCAGUGUAAAUAUUAGAAAAUGUAAAAUGACAGAGUUGUUGAUACCUGAAUACUCCGUAUAUGCCUUCUUUAGGUGAUAUCGUAUAGGCAAUGACCGUCUGUCUUGUCUUUUGGUGGAUAUCCCUUUCUGCCAUUGAGCUUCAAUAGACUUGGGAAGCGGAGAAAGUAGCAGAUUUAUGGUAUGCAGGUGCUUCUCCCAUACAGAACGAGUGAACGUGUUAGUUGACUAGGGGCCAGAAGACUAGAUACGUCCUCUGUUAUUCUGGUUUGGAUGUCCCUGGUACGGCAUGAUAUGGGACAUCGUCCUCUACAUCCUUUUUGUGAUGCCUCUGGUACACCUGCUCAGUGUUGCCUUGUUGGUAGUGGGUAUUCGCCUUCAAUUGAGUCAUUGGCUCCUAUUAAGCUGGCUUGGGUCUGGGUCAGGUCUUAUCGAUGAUAUUUGGCAUCAUUAGUGGCUGUCUGAUAUAUCUCUAGAAAAUCCAGGCUUGGUCUGGUGAUUGAGAAAUAGAAACAGGAAUCAUAGAGGGAAAAUGCUAUGACCGUUCUAUAUGGGCAAGACCUAGCAAUAAAAAUGUGCCUAACAACAAUUAUGUGCUUUGAAGAUAAAUUCAUGGAUAAUGGCUGCCCUUUUUAUUUUUGGAUGGCAUUUGAAGGGAAAAUGUAAUAUACAUGAACUAGAAUUAGUCAUGGUUACACUCCUUAAUAAUGGCUUGGCGAUCUCACGAUAUCAAGAGACAGGUGGCGUAUACACUUGGGGCUGGAAGGAGUGUGUUCCCUCUGAAACAAUUGUGCAUGAUUUGGUUAUUGGGGGAAGUUUACAAAAGGAUAGUACUGGGAAACAAAAUUCACAACUAAAUGACCAAUCGAGUGCAAAGGAUCAACACUCAAAUAUGAUUGGUGGCGCAAUAUCUCAUGUUGAUAAGAAACAGAUGGGAGAGGAAAUUGGGAAGCGGAGGAAAAUAUCACUAGCCAAGCAAGAAUCUGAUAGCUCUGGGGAUGAUUUUUUCACAGCAUCACCAUGUCUAGUAAAUUUGGGUGUUGGAGUCAGGAUCAUCACUGUUGCUGCUGGUGGGCGCCACACCUUAGCAUUGUCAGAUGUGGGACAGGUGUGGGGUUGGGGCUAUGGAGGCGAAGGGCAGCUAGGUUUGGGCAUUCGGGUAAAGACGGUGGCUACUCCUCACAUCAUACAAUGUAUCGAGCAGUCUGCUUCAGGGAAAGAAAGCAUGAGUUCAUCAACAGAGGUUUCUAAGGUUCUUGGAAGCCACGUGAAAGGAAUUGCUUGUGGAGGUCGGCAUAGUGCAGUGAUAACAGAUGCAGGGAGACUACUUACAUUUGGCUGGGGGCUUCAUGGACAGUGUGGGCAAGGAAGUACAGAUGACCAGCUCAGGCCAACUUAUGUUUCUUCUUUAUCGGGUACCCGAGUGGAAAGAGUUGCUGCUGGACUCUGGCAUACCAUAUGUAUCUCUGCCGAAGGUCAUGCAUAUGCCUUCGGUGGGAAUCAGUUUGGACAGUUGGGUACUGAAGUUGACCAGGAUGAGAGUCUACCUAAGCUAUUGGAAGCUCCAAGUCUCAAGAGUAAGCAUGCCAAAAUAGUAUCUUGUGGCGCACGACACAGUGCUUUACUAACAGAGGACGGCCAACUAUUCAGCUGGGGAUGGAACAAAUAUGGCCAGCUCGGCCUUGGCGACUCCGUAGAUCGAAACACUCCUUUCCAAGUUUCAAUCAAUGGUUAUAGGCCGAAAAAUGUUGCCUGUGGCUGGUGGCACACACUUCUGCUGGCUGAAAGACCCCUUUAAGUUUCAAAAUUGUAAACUGAGGACAAA